AGUUGCCCAAGAAAGCCACAAGCAGCAAAACAUGGCACCUUCCCUUUGUUUCAGAACCUUCAUUCUUCAAUUCAUGCUUUUGGUUUUCUCCAUUUUGAACACCAGUUUGCAAGCAAGUGAGCCUCCAUUGACAUUGGACUACUAUGCAUCUGCAUGUCCUAAUUUGUUCGAUAUUGUAAAGAAAGAAAUGGAAUGUGCAGUGCUCUCGGAUCCUCGCAACGCUGCCUUGAUUGUUCGGUUGCAUUUCCAUGACUGCUUUGUUCAGGGAUGUGAUGGGUCAGUUUUGCUCGAUGACACAAUCACACUAACAGGGGAGAAGAAAGCUUCCCCCAACAUACACUCUUUAAAGGGUUUCAGAAUUAUUGACAAAAUCAAGAACAAUCUCGAAUCAGAGUGCCCUGGAAUUGUCUCUUGUGCCGAUAUUCUCACAAUUGCAGCAAGAGAUGCUGUGAUUCUGGUUGGUGGACCUUAUUGGGAUGUUCCUCUGGGAAGAAAAGAUUCUAUAACUGCUAGUCCUGAGCUUGCAGAGGCUAACCUUCCUACUGCUAAUGAGGGCCUUGCAACUAUCAUUUCCAAAUUUCUUUACCAAGGCCUGUCAGUCACAGAUAUGGUAGCUCUAUCAGGGGCUCACACAAUCGGCAUGGCACGGUGUGCGAAUGUCCGGGCAAGGAUUUAUGGUGGUGAUUUUGAAGCAACCUCAGGAAGCAAUCCUCUGUCUCAGUCAUACCUCAGCAGCUUGAAAUCCACAUGCCCACCUGUUGGUGGAGUUGGGGACAAUAACGUUACAGCCAUGGACUAUGUGACUCCUGACCUGUUUGACAAUUCUUUCUAUCAUUUACUAUUGAAAGGGGAGGGUUUGCUAAGCUCAGACCAGGAAAUGUACUCUAGCCUGUUUGGCAUUCAAACAAAGCAACUUGUCAAGCAGUAUGCAGCAGACCCAGCUGCUUUCUUCCAGCAAUUCUCAGAUUCAAUGGUGAAGCUGGGAAAUAUUACCAAUCAGGACAGCUUUGCCACUGGAGAAGUUAGGAAAAGUUGCAGAUUUGUGAACACAUGAGCUGCUAUGCUGCAGUUAGGCCUCAUGAGGGAAAAAAGAAAAGGGUUCAGUUGGCAAACCAUAUUUAUUUGUUAUUACAAGAAAUGAUUAAAGAUUUACAAGUUUUAU